UUCAUGUGUUUGUGGUUCGAAAAAAAUAACCAGUUGUUCAGUGUAAGACGAAAUAUCGAAGUGACUGGUUCAUUGUUUCAUGAGUGCAGUAAAACAGAAACAUAGAAAAAAUCUUAUAAGAAAUAUGAAGUUUAAACUUGAAAUAUUUAGAAAAUGACGUAAUAUUAAGUCAUGAAUUGAUGAAUUUUGUGUAGAAAUUGAUGCAAAAAUCAAGGCUGUUGUAUCUUUCACAUCAGAUAUAAAAAAUUCUUGUCGAAUUAAGCAUGAAUAUUAUGUUGGAAGAAAAGUUAAAGAAAAAUUAGAAAGGAAAAAAAUGGAAGAAAAUCUUAUUUGAAAAAGUAAACUCUCAAUCUAUGUUUGUGUGGGUGUUUUGCGUGUUUUUCUAAAGUUCGAACCAAUUCACAGUUUCUAUUGUGCAUUCAGGAUAAGAUAAAAUAAAGCAAUCAAAAAUAUAAAAAUUAAUAAGAAAAUUGUCGAAGGUGGUAAUUUUUAUCGCAAGAAUAAGAAAAAAAGAAUAACUGCAAUCAAAUUAAUAGGAGAAAAAGAAGUAAUUUUAAUAUCGUAUUUGUGUAAACGGUGUUUCUACGUUAAGUCAUCAAACGAUAUGUGUUCUGUCAUCUGUAGUGUUUAUUAGUGUAAAUUCAAUUGUAAAGUAUGAAGUAAGAGGAAAAACUUUGAGACUAGAAUGUUUUAAAGAUGGUGUAAUAAAGAGGAAAUGAAUUAAAAAAAGAGAAAAAUAAUUGCGAAGCUUUCAUAGCAAUUCUGAUAUCUAUAUUGCACUAAUUAAUGGGUGAUGUUAAUCUUAAAUGAUAAUGUCUUGGAUUUAUGGGAUGAUUGUCAUCCUCAUUCAAAUAUCAUCAAAAUUGUCGAUAAGAAAUCAACAUGUUGUCUCUGCAACGCCACUGCUUCAAGAUGCAUUACCAUCGUCAAUAAACCCAUUCAUUCGGCAUUGGGAACCAGCACAUUUCAGUCGAAAUGUCUUCGAUCAAGCCCACACAGUUCACGAACAGAACAGAAGAAAAAAGCGAGAUAUCAAUUACAAUCAUUACUCGCUCGAUUAUGGUCCAACAAAUGUCAUCAGAUUCAAUUUUCACGCUCAUGAUAGGGAAUUUCGAAUUGAGUUGAGAGAAGAUCCAAGUUCAGUAUUUGCAUCUGAUAUCGUUAUUGAGAAUUCGAAUGGUCCUAUAGAUUAUGACUUGUCUCGUGUAUAUACCGGACGACUUGAAGAUGAUGAAAAUUCUCACGUUCAUGGAGUGCUAACAGCUGACAAUCUAUUUGAUGGAACAAUCGCUACAAACACUGAACACUUCUACAUCGAACCAGCUAAUAAAUAUUCAAAAGAUUUGUCCAAAACAGGCGUGCAUUCAAUUAUUUAUAAAUUAAGUGAUGUUAAAAUGAACUUGAAUAAUCAUAACGAUAUCAAUUCAAAACAUAGUGAAAAACACGAACCGCAUUGUGCUAGUGAAAAGCUGUUUAGAAAACUUCAGAAAGAGAAAAAUAAUUUAUUAAAGAAAACAAAUAGCAAAACUAGAUUAACAAAUGAAAAUAACGUGAAUGAAAAGUCUGAUAAUAAUCUUAAUAAAUCUAAAUUAAACGAUGGUGUAAUUAGCAGUACGCAGAGCGAUAAUCGUAAGGAUAAGCUUGAAUUAACAAAGCGUUUCAAGCGCUGGUUGCCCAACGACGAGUUAACAGAUCGUCAAAAUCCGCCAGUUCCACUCGACCUGGAAAUUCCCUACAAUGACGAAAUGCUGGUUCGCUCAAGAGGCAGUUCAAGCUUGAAUGAUGACGACCAAUAUCAAAGCGAUCAACCAUCAUCGUCACUUAAUCACAACAACAACAAUCAUCGGAAUAUUUUAGUGAACAGUUACAAUCCAAACAGCGAUUUUAACUUUCGCAAUAUUAUAACGAAGACGCCUAACAACAAAAAUGUGCUUUCGAAUGUGUUUGAUGGUAACAACGGAAGUCUAAAUCGGGUGAACAAUAACUUUACGGCCACCAAUCAACAAUCGAAUUUGAACUCGCGGCCUAAUCAUAAAACCCACGUGGAGAUCAUCACCAAAAAUGGGCCAACAAAGAAACCAAAUAUUAUCGUUAAUAAUUAUAACCCCGAUUUGAUAUUUGCCAAUAACAAUCCACCACACAACAAUAACAAGCAUCAUCCGAACAAUCAAUUUCCGCAUCUUUACCAUCCACAAUACAAUGUGAAUCUCAAUGUAAAGAACGAUUUAUUGGAUGCUUACCACACGAAACCAUCGUCAGGAUCAUCAUUGGCAGAUCGUAAAAGUACUUGUAUGUUGUAUCUGCAGGCAGAUCACACAUUUUUUCAAAAAUUAGGCUCCGAUGAAGCCAGCAUUGAAGCGAUUACUCGACAUGUUCAGCGUGCAAAUGUGAUUUAUAAGAAUACAGACUUUAACUCCGAUGGAAAACCGGACAACAUAACUUUCAUGAUUAAAAGGAUAAAAGUACACAAUAUGAACGCUCUUAAGGACCCAACGUACCGCUUUCCUGGAAAUUACGGAGUGGAAAAGUUUCUCGAACUAUUCUCAGAGGAAGACUACGACCAGUUUUGCUUAGCUUACAUGUUUACCUAUAGAGAUUUCGAAAUGGGCACCUUGGGAUUGGCGUGGACAGGAGAUCUGAAAAAUGCUGGCGGAGUAUGCGAGAAAAAUGGGCAUUAUCGUGGCUCGUUAAAGUCAUUGAACACUGGCAUCGUAACGUUAUUAAAUUACGGAAAACAUGUCCCACCAGCCGUGAGCCAUGUAACACUCGCCCAUGAAAUAGGCCACAACUUUGGAUCACCGCACGAUCCAGACCAGUGUACACCUGGAGGUGAAGAUGGAAAUUUCAUAAUGUUUGCUCGAGCAACAUCAGGAGAUAAGCGAAAUAACAAUAAAUUCUCGCCAUGCUCUCUAAAGGCCAUCGAGCCAGUUCUGAAUGCGAAAGCACGUAGCAGUAAGGGCUGCUUCACUGAACCACAGCAAUCAAUAUGUGGCAAUGGAGUCGUUGAACCAGGAGAACAAUGUGAUUGUGGUUGGGAAGAAGAUUGUAAAGAUUCUUGUUGUUUCCCCAUGUCCCGUCAUCCUCGCUUCGACGAGAAGCCAUGUACCUUAACUCCCAGAGCGAUGUGCAGUCCAUCUCAAGGGCCUUGCUGUACACCUGAGUGUUCUUUGAAGUACGGUGACAAGUGCAGAGAUGACAACGGUUGUAGAGAUCCGAGCUACUGCGACGGUCGUAUGCCGCAUUGUCCUCCAUCGGUUAAUAAACCGAACAAAACGAUAUGCAAUAAAGAAUUUGUGUGCUUCAUGGGGGAGUGCACUGGAUCUAUUUGUCUUGCAUAUGGACUUGAGUCAUGUCAAUGUAUUCCAGGCCCGAACGAUCCAAAGACAAAGUCAUGCGAACUUUGUUGUAAAAUUCCUGGUGAAAACAAUCCAUGCAGGAGUUCAUUUGAUUGGAAUAAAGCACCAUAUGAUGUUCCUGACAUGUACGCAAAGCCUGGAACGCCUUGCAAUGACUACAUUGGAUACUGUGACGUGUUCCAGAAGUGUCGAGAAGUCGAUCCUUCAGGACCGCUUGCUACAUUACGCAAACUUCUGCUUUCCGAAGAGAGUAUCGCUUCAUUUAAAAAAUGGGUCAUCAGUAAUUGGUAUGCAGUCAGCUUAAUUAUCGUUGGCGUUUUUGCUUUAUUGAUCUUGAGCACACGAUUCCUGGGCAAGAAAUCAAACCUGAAGUUGAAGACUGUAACAAUAAUACACAGUGCGACAACGGAAACAGUGAGAUUGCCUGAUGAUAAUAACGGAGUUAUUGUUCACACAGCCGUUCGUACGAAAGUGCCCUUGAAGAAGAAGGUUCGAGGUGAACGUAAAAAGAAAUCGUCAUCAACUAAAGCAUCAGCAUUGCCACAAAAGGAAAAUAUUUUGCCAAAUUCAUCGGCUAAUGUUGCCACAAGUCCAACUCUUCCCGUUGCUAUAACUCUUCCUUCACUAAAAUUAUCCAAACGACAAGCAAAGGCAAGCGACAGUCCAAGAAAACUUUUAAGGAAGAAGAAGAAGCGACCGUCAUCAGAAGAAAGCACGCCUAAGAAGGAAGCUGAAAGCACGCCGCCAGGAAAGCCAAGUCGAAAGCCUAAAAAGAAAACAAAACAUAAAGAAAUAAUUGACUAUUCAAAUCCCGAGAAUCACACAAACACUUUUGGUAAAGUUCAAAAGUGGCUACUCGAAUCGCCGAUUGUCUCGUCAGCAGCCUCACAAAUCGAACACGCUUCGAAGUUCUCCAACAUCAUAAGUAAAUCUCAUUCAACCCCUGAGCAUCUAACGAACGCUCAGAAAUCUCCGAACAACACGAAAACUAAAUCAACUAACAACUUAAACGAAAAAGUUCGCUUACAAGUUGUUUAUAAGCCGCCAUUCAAAUUCUCACUCAAGUUUUCGAAGAACGACCCAAGUGUGAAGACGAAAGUUAUUGGAAUUGACAGAAGCAAACGUAACAACAAAGGAAGAGUUGAUCGAAAAAGAAAUUCUUUGGAAGAUCCUUUGAGGUCACGACGAACUGCGCUUCUUAUUCGGUCUGCGACAGAAGAAAUCAAUAAUCAAUUAACUAAUGAGUUGGUUGACGACCCAUUGUAUGAAACUUUGAACCCAAAAUUAAAUCCAAAUCACCAACAACGACAAAAAUCAUCAACCAUGCCCACAGAUAGUAGCGCAAAUUACGAGAACGUUCCGAUGUCGUCUACUGCCAAUCUUAUCGACUUAUCCUUAACGAAUUCAUCAACGUCGCCAGUGAUAAAUACAGCAACAUUCCGUGUGAAUAAAAGCGCUAGUGGUAGUAAUUUAAUUAAUCGCAAUUUACCAGUGGUCGCUACACCUUUAAUGACUAAAAAUCGUCGUAAUGGAAGUCAAAAGGGAAGCCAACAAAAUUUAACAAACACAAGUAGUAGUGGCGGUCGUCGCUCGAGUAUUGGAAAUAGUUCCAAUUUGAUAAAGUUUAGUGGAAGUUCUCAAAAUUUGACGCGUUCGAGUACAACGAAUUUGACGAAAAAUCGUCAACAAGAUGGAAUCAAGAGAAGAGCGAGUGACAUGAAUCGUAGUAGCACCACGAAUCUUAACAAAUAUCAUCGACAACAUUCAAAUCAUGGUUCCAGCACCAAUUUGCGGCGCGGUGGCUCCAAUAUGGACAUCAACGCAUGUGAUGAGUAUCAAGCUGUCAGCAGUAAUGAGCGGAAGUCUCAUAGUCGAAAGAACAGUGUGAACAACAAAGGAAACUUGCCAAGAACAUUCAGCAACUCAAAUCUUAAUGGCGGUGGUCCGUUGCCAGGGCCAUCGCGCCGCGACAGUUUCAAUAAUAACAUUCCUCGUGCUAGUCUUAAUAACACUACCAGUAAUAAUUCCAGUAAUCAAUUUAAUCGUCAAAUAUCACUCAACGUUAAACCGACUCUUUUAUCUCAACAAAGUCGUCUGUUGAUUGACGAGUUGAAUAAAAACCGUCCACAGACAUCGUCAUGUGAUAGCUCUAUGUUUAAAAAUUUCGAAUGGCCAAAAGUAUUGACAACUCAGAGAUCAUUGCCUGUCAAUGACGCGUUGGCAUCCGAUAUGGAAGUAAUGGUAUCUGACGUUGAAAAUCUAGUUAAUGAUAGAUAGGACGAACUAAUAACCCGCUUUUUUAAUUUCUUAUCUUCAUCUGCUUCGUCGGUGUUUCAGUUUUAUUAAAAGCGGAAAUUUUUAUUACAUAAAGAACUUAAAAACUCUUAUUUAUGUAUUUAUGUUACGUGCCAAUUUGACUUUUAAGAUUCUUAUUUAUGUGCUUCUUCAUCAACUGCCUACUGCCUGCCACUACCUUUAACUUAAUUUCAUGUUUUUUUUUUCUUUUUCAUCCAAGCAUAAAUAAAAAUAUGUUGAAGAGAUUUAUUCCUUGUGCAAGAGAAAUAAUUUGUGAACACUUAAAUGCCUCGAACAAAAUGCGAUUAUUGAAUAAAUGUCAUCACAACAUUCACUAACUAAAUAAUUAAACGAAAUUAACUCUAGUUAUUCUUUUUAUACGACGAAGACAAGACUAUAAAAGAAUAAACUCAUAUCAACAUAACUGUAAAGCAUUAUUAACAAUCAUUGCAAAUCAUCGGAACGCCAUCAGCGAUAUUAUUCUUAUUCCGUCUUGGUAAAGUUAUUUAAUUCAUUUUGAUUAUUUUUAUUAUCAUUAUUAUUACUAUUAUUGUUUUGUUUUGUGUUUCGUGCCAACUGAUGAUGAUUGAAAGAAAGAGAAGAAGAGUAACAAGAGGGAGAAUAAUUGAAAAAAGAAGCGAGUUGAGUUCAUCCAAUGCUAACUUAUCAUGCUUAAAUUUGUGAUAGAUGUACCUAACGCAAAAACAUGUUUUGUACAUAUGAGAAUAAGUAGUCGUGUAUGCGUUGUGAUGUAAAUAAAGCUUUUUGAAUUUACUACGCAACAUGAUAAAGCAUUGACACAAAGAGAUUUGGAAGUGAGGAUAUUGUAGUUAAUUUUUGUCACAAUGAAAUACUUGAUAGAGCUUUAAAUUGUUUUCUAGUUGGCUUUUCACUUUGCCAACUAUAACAAACAUUCCUAAUGUGUAUGGAUAGCGAUUAAUUUUAAACUUUCUACACUGUCUCAUAAAAGCAACAUAUCGUAAGAUCAACAUAAACUUCUGUUGGUUCCAGACAAAUCAUAUAAGUAAAUAACUUGUCACGUAGUUUAAAUAAAGAAUGAAGUUUAGCCAACAACUUUAUCAUACUCUUGUGAAAUGAACAAAAGGAAAACUUCCAAUGACAUUUUUUUGAUUUUUUUAGAUUUUUAUUUUGUAAACGAAGUGCUAUCCUUGCAGUGAUUUUCUGCAAUUAAAUAAAAGAAAAAAUUGUUCUAUCCAAUUGUUGAAUGAAAAAGAAAAUCUUUCUCGAUUUUACCUCUGCGAUUUUAUUUUUCUAAAACAAUUGUAAACGUUUUAUGUUUGACAAUACAAUAAAAUAAUCAAAUCGAUUCGAAGUCAUAAGUAAAAUAAUUGAAAAUGAUACUAAUUUUAAAUGUUAAAAGAAAUGAUAACCAUCACGAAAUAACUUUCAUAUUUUUCGUAAGAAUUCAAUUCACUUCAUCAGUCGUGAAUCAGUCGUCGUCUAAAAUUAAAAUGAAAUAAAAAGUAAAAACAAAAAAAAAAUGCUUUAA